UUCUCAGUGAACGACUUGUCAAGCGAACAACAAGCAGCAGCGACUUAAAUCUCAUACCAGCGGCAGCAGCAGCAGCAGCAACAACAACAACAGCACAAAAAGAAACAGAAAAGUCACGGUUUACUUGGAACGAUUAUGGGCAGCACGAUGCAGCAGGCCGGCGAGGCCCCAAACCCCUUCGCCCACACGCGCGUUGGCGUCGCCGCCAUCAUCCGGCGCAAGGACGGCAGAGUCAUCGUGGGCCGGCGCAAGAGCAGCCACGGCGCAGGGACCAUCCAGCUCCCCGGCGGCCACCUCGAGUUCGGCGAGUCCUUCUUCGUCUGCGCCGAGCGCGAGACGCUCGAGGAGACGGGGCUGCGGGUGCGCGGCACCAAGGUCGCGGGCGUGACCAACGACUUCUUCGGGGACCUCGGAAAGCAUUACAUCACCAUCUUUGUGAGGUGCGAAUUGGAGGACGACGACGCGGAGCCCAUCAACAUGGAGCCCGAAAAGUGCGCGGGCUGGUCGUGGGUGACGUGGGGCGAGGUUCGGGCCAUCAACGAGGCGGCCAAGGGGCCCGGGGGAGAACAAGGGCCGAAGCUAUUCCUGCCGCUGCAGAACCUGGUGGAGGAGAACCCGGAUUUUGAGGCGUCUGUUUAGUGAAGAGGGGGGUCUGGUUCGUCGGAGGAGCAGCGUAGAGUUGGAUCUUCAUCGUGAUUGAGGGACCACCGGUUAUCAUACGGCAGAGUAGAAACGGGAUGUGCGCACUGAGAGGUGCAUCGGCCCGUAUCAAGUAGCCCCAGGAAAAGGGGACGAGUUUGGGGAUUGAUUGGCCAUGUCAACUUUAGACAGUAUACAGAGCAGCAGAGCAUGCGAUACAUUAGGUGUGGCCUCGCGCAUCACCGAAUCAAUUUAGAAGAAACACAGCUGUCGCGCAUC